AUGCCUAAUGUUCACUCUUAUCGGACCUGGCUCGUGGAAAGACACUCAAGAUUGUCUAUACCAAGGGCGGUUAGAUGGGAAGCAGGCACCCCGCUAGCACACCUGUACGCAAGUCCUCCGGCGGUUGAACCAGCAGUGACGUCCCCAGCUCUGUCAUCGGAAGCCUUCGAUUCAAGGAGCCUUUACUAUGAAGGUCUACGAAUACGAGAGCCAAUGCUGCCUCGGGAUGCAGCGAACCGCGCGAAGCUAGCCAUCGACGGGCAGUCGGGUCCUGCCUGGCAAUGGUUCUUCUUUAAGUGGCUCCCCCGCGCGAUCUCGGCAUACAUAACUUCAAUUCGACCCUCGAUCAGCUCCAACGGGUUAGACAGUCCGACCCUCGACGGCUCUGCUGGACGUACGACAGCUCCACUGGAUAUAAAACAAACCGAAUAA